ACACCAUUUUGUGAAAUUCAGUUUUUUUAAGGUAACGACGUCGUUGCUUCUCUCUUAGACAAAAGAUUGAAAAAAUAAUCAAAUAUACGGAAAGUAAAUGCAACUGAAGCAAAAUAUUCAUCAAGUGUUGUACCAUCAGUAAGUAAAACUGAGAAAGGGUUUGAAUUUAGACAAGUUUAAUAGCCAAUUAUUUCUUGUUUUUCACACAACAAAAAUUACGACGCCAUUGCGCUCAGCACGUACAAAAUAGAAAGUGAAGUAAGAAAAACUAAUAAACUGUCGAACGAUGGAUUUUGAGACGUUCGCCCAGUCGAUACAAGAACGGGAUUGCACUGAUUCAUCCGAUGACAGUAAUUUUGAAUCGUUACCGGACAACGAAUCCUUCACUCAAAUUGAUUCGGACGAUGAAUAUGUCCCAAAUAAUCGAAUUGCGUCAUCGACACGUAAACGUUUGCAAACGUUUGACGAACAUAAAGUUGUGAAACGACGAAAAACAUCAUCCACAGCGUCAGGUAAUCGCAUCGAACGAUUGCCGACCAGACAACCGGAUCCAAACGUACAAAAUCGAAAUGCUUUAAUGGCACGAGAAAAUCGUCGCAGAAAGAAGGAGCACGUCAAAGUAUUGGAAGAUCAAUUAGAGCAAAAGGCUCAGGAGAUUCGAUGUCUGCGAAAGAUUUUGAAGCAAAAAGAUCGAACUGUGAAAAAACUCGAACACGAAACCCUGUAUUUACGGAGCACUAUUGCGAACAAGACCGAUAUAAUGGCAUUGUUGAAGACCAUUCGCGGCAAUAAGUUGCCACUCACUUCAUCGGCACUGAGUUUUGUUGCCGAAGACGAACAGAAGGAUCGACGAUUGACCGGCUCUGUGUCGAGCCAGUCCCCAGCAACAUCAACAGCAACAUCGUUCGGCGAAGACGAAAAAGAGAAUGAUUAUGAUUUAGGUUUCGGCCAGUCGACCAUCGAUGAUAACUGUCUGGCAAUGGGCGAUUGGAGGAGCUUAUUGAACAGUGACGACGAUGUAAAAUCCAUUCCACAAUUGUCGACGGCCAGUGACACACAGUCAUUGGUGAACAGUGAACACAAUUACUAUCAGCAACACACGAAUUGGACGUCGGAAACGGAUGAGCGGUGUGGAAAGGAUGCCGGUCCGGGCAUUUGUUUGCAUCUGUCAGGCGGUCGCGUUUCGUUGGAAUUCUGUGCGGCCUGCCAUUCCAGUUCACAGAAUGCAUGGAUCGAGGAAAUGUAAAUAGGAAAGAGUUUGAAUGUCUGUAUCGGACACGAAUACAUUUUUGUAAUUUAAAAAAUUCUUAAUCUCUAAUUUUCUGUCAUGGAAGCGAGGAAUUUGUUACAAAAUAUUUUGCCUUUAAGUUUAGUUUUUCAUUUUGUAAAUCGAUAGAAUUCUUUCAUUUUUUGAAAAACAUAAAGCGUCAGCAAUUGCGACGUCCAAAACGAAGAACAAAGAAAAUGAAGAGUUGACUACGAAUAUACUGAAACGAAAUUUUUACAGAGAAUUGGUUUGAUCCGUUGCUUGUUAAUUAUUCAUGUUAAUUUUUCAGAAUGUUGAUCGGAGACACAACAGUGCGGCAACAGAUUGUGUAUGGCCGAAUGUGGUGUUAAUUUAAGCAAGUGUGUUUUGGAUAGCAAUUUCGAAGUUCGGUUUCUUUGACGGCUAAGUAUAAAAUCAUUCCGUGUAUAUGGAAUAUGUAUCGUAUCGAACCAGCAAAAGAAUCAAUUGCGACUAUGCGACCAAGAUUUUUCAAUUUUUCGUUUCGAUCGGAAUCCCAUUUUUAAAAUUAUCAAGAACCGGAAAUUUCCGUUCUUCUAUUUUGUUCACGUCAACAAUUCGGGAUAAAUUGAAAAGUCUUUAUCGUAGCGAAACUAUUCGGACCAAUCUUAUCUUUGUCAUUUUUUUUAAACAUUUCAGGCAAAAGUUUUGUUUAUUUGAAAGAGAGAGCUGAGCGUUGAAUGCCAGCUUAUCGUUUUUCAGAUUUCCCAAAUAUUUAAUGUAAAAAAAAUAAAAAUAAAAAGUUUUUAGUGCGACAUAUACGAACCAAUUUUCUAGAGCCAGGUAUGUACAUAUUCGUUUCAACUCGGAUUUUCAAUUGAAAUUUACUGAAACGUUUUGCAUUGACAGUGAAAUUAAAAGUGAAAAGAAA